AUGGCGCAUGCCUCACUCAAAAAAACAUAUGCGAAGCGGGCAGAGACCGUGAAGCACCCGCUCAGCCUCUACCUCUACAAGCUCAUGGAUCUCAAAGCGUCGAAUCUCUGUCUCAGCGCCGAUGUCGCGACAGCACGCGAGCUUCUCUGGAUCGCCGACAAAGUCGGGCCUAGCAUUGUGGUACUGAAGACGCACUACGACAUGGUGUCCGGGUGGGACUUUCAUCCUGAGCAUGGCACUGGGGCGCGACUGGCCGCCCUCGCGCGCAAGCACGGCUUCCUGAUCUUUGAGGAUCGCAAGUUUGGCGAUAUUGGCAACACGGUUGAGCUGCAGUACACCAGCGGUUCUGCGCGCAUCAUUGACUGGGCUCACAUUGUCAAUGUGAACAUGGUGCCUGGAAAGGCUUCAGUCACAUCACUGGCCAACGCCGCAGCGAGGUGGCUUGAGCGGUACCCGUAUGAGGUGAGGACAUCGGUCACGGUGGGCACACCACUGCGAGACGAGGAUACGGACGACGAGGGCGCCAGUGGUCUUUCACCAAACCCGAAUGCCAAGGACAUUGAGGGUGGCAGCAACGACAAGGCCAGCGAGGGCCGCAAGGGCAGCAUCGUAUCUGUCACCACGGUGACGCAGCAAUACGAGCCGGCGCACUCGCCGCGCUUUGGUCGGGGGAUCGCGGAGGAGGGCGAGCAGCUGUUCGCCGGCGUGGAGGAGCCACCUCUGGAGAGGGGCCUGCUCAUCCUGGCCCAGAUGUCGAGCCAGGGCAACUUUAUGAACGCCGAGUACACCAAGGCCUGCGUCGAGGCGGCGAGGGAGCACAAGGAGUUCGUCAUGGGAUUCAUCUCGCAGGAAUCCCUCAACAGCGAGGAGGAGGAUGACUUUAUACACAUGACGCCCGGGUGCCAGCUGCCGCCGGAGGACGACGACAUGGCCGAGGUCAAGGGCGACGGCAAAGGGCAACAGUACAACACGCCGCAGAAGAUUAUCGGCAUUGCCGGGGCGGAUAUCGUGAUCGUGGGUCGGGGCAUCCUCAAGGCGGGCGAUCCGGAGCACGAGGCUGAGCGGUACCGUUCGGCCGCGUGGAAGGCGUACACGGAGCGCGUGCGCUGA